AUGGGAAAAUUGUUUACUAAAUACCAGUCCGAAGACGAAGAGACAGCUACAUCAGUCUGUCGCUUCAGCACAACCGGAGUAUUUGGACGGCUGCGGGGAAUUCUCUCAAUUAAUGGAGCUUCUUUGCAGGAUAGGGCCCGUGGCAUCCCUACCACAUCACUAGAGAGGCAACGGGCAUCCACUACAGACCUGCUCGUUGAUAUGGAUGAAAAGCUCCCAGAAGUGGCUUCAGGGCAAACCCUUCCCUGUGAGGUGGAAAAGCCCGCUUCUGAGAAGACGGUGCUGUACUUGGCCUAUGGGUCCAAUUUAGCCUCGAAAGUGUUCCUCGGAAGACGAAAUAUCAAACCUCUAUCUCAAGUCAAUGUUUUGGUCCCCGAGCUGAGACUGACAUUUGACCUCCCUGGCAUACCAUAUCACGAGCCGUGUUUUGCAGGCGUUCAAUUUCUCCAUGCCUCUGAGCAAAGCAUUGGAAAGAAUGGAGAAAAGACGCAAAUUAUGGAGAAUGCGUCAGAGAAGUUCCGACUCUUAACAGGGCAAUAUUACCAUAAGGACCAUUGGCACAAGCCCCUUGUCGGCGUGGUCUACGAAGUCACUCCUUCAGACUAUGCCCGGAUCAUAGCAACCGAAGGUGGUGGCCAGUCAUACAAAGAUGUCGUUGUGACUUGCUAUCCGUUCCCGAAAGUAUACGACCCUAUGGACGCUGUCCCUGAUCGUCCUACCACCCAGCCAUUCAAGGCCCACACUCUCCUUUCACCUGCUGCCGACAUGAAUAAGGCCUUUAGAACACAGGAAGUUGCACCAGCUCACUACAGAUGCGUAGAACAAUCUAGACGACAUCCUCGCGUGCGUCCGGAUCCGUCAUACGCGCAGCCGUCAGCUCGGUAUCUCAACCUUAUCACCAGCGGCGCUGCUGAGCAUAGCCUUCCUCUCUCUUACCGGGAGUAUCUUUCAAAUAUCCGACCAUAUCGGAUUACGACGCUAAGUCAGCGGUUUGGGCAGGCCAUAUUCCUUGUGACAUGGGUGCCACUGGUAUUAACGACAAUACUGCUUUCGAGUGUUCUUGCGGGUCCUGAUGGUCAGAGUUCCCCGUGGCUGGUCAGGAUUGCAAACGCAGUGUUCCAGUUAAUGUGGGAUAGCUAUGACAGGCUGUUUAAGAUAGUAUUCGGAGAUGGGGAGAGGACGAUUGGCGAGUGA